GGUUUUGAAUCAAAACUCGUUUCGAUGCUGUUUUUACCCUUUUCUUGGAAGAGGGUCAUUUCACCUUUUUGUGGCUAGAUUCAUGAUUUGUAGAUCGAUCGGUUUUUGUUGAUCGAUGGAUGCUCCGAUGAUAUGAGAUCGAAUCUGAUUGCUAUCAUUUUGUAUCUAACAUUGAUAGCAUUUUUCUGUUUUGAUGAUGAAUUUGUUAUUGAUUCUAUCUGUUUGAUUUAGCUUGCAUUGUGAUGAUGUUUCUGAAAUGAAUGCUUCCUGUUUCAUCGAAUCCAUGUUUUCUGUAGCUUUUUUAGGAUUGAUCGGUUUUGUGCUUGUUCUUCUCAAGGCGAAGGGAGUGGGCAUGGAUCCUGGCAAGCUUUUCAUUGGUGGGAUUUCGUGGGACACGGAUGAAGAUCGUCUUCGAGAGUAUUUUCAGAGCUUUGGGGAAGUGGUGGAGGUGAUGAUCAUGAGGGAUCGGACCACUGGCCGUGCUCGUGGCUUUGGUUUCGUUGUCUUUGCUGACCCUGUUGUUGCAGCAAGAGUUGUAUUGGAAAAGCAUGUGAUUGAUGGAAGAACUGUUGAAGCAAAGAAGGCUGUUCCUCGAGACGAUCAAAACGUUUUGAGCAGGAACAAUACCGGUAUCCUCGGGUCACCAGGUCCUACUCGCACGAAAAAGAUAUUCGUAGGAGGUUUGGCAUCAACUGUUACGGAGAGUGACUUCAAAACGUAUUUUGAUCAGUUUGGAACAAUCACAGACGUCGUGGUGAUGUACGAUCAUAAUACUCAGAGACCGAGAGGUUUCGGAUUUAUCACUUACGAGUCGGAGGAAUCGGUGGAGAAAGUUUUAUACAAAACUUUUCAUGAACUCAAUGGUAAAAUGGUUGAGGUUAAGAGGGCUGUUCCAAAGGAAUCAUCACCAGUGCCAAACCGAAGUCAAUUAGGUGCAUACCCUUAUGGUUUUGGUAGAGUUGGUAGCUAUUUAAAUGGCUAUAAUCAAGGAUAUAACCCGACCUCGGUUGGGGCAUAUGGAUUGAGAUCUGAUGAUAGGUUUAGUCCUGUUACAGUUGGUCGGGGUGGACUUUCUCCGAUCAGUCCUGGUUAUGGAAUCGGGCUAAAUCUCGAUACAGGGUUGAACCCGAACUAUGGGACAGGUCUCAAUGUUGGCUCUAACCUUAGCUAUGGACGAGUAAUGAGCCCCUCGUAUGGUGGAAAUUUGAAUAGGUAUGGUAGCCCGAACCCCAUGGUGUAUGGUGGUGGCAAUGGAGGUAAUGGUUCGAUUUUAAGCUCGUCGGUUCAGAAUCUGUGGGGAAACGUCGGGAACUCUGUUGGUACAAACUCGUCACACUUGAGGACUUUUCCUGGCUCUGGUGGUGUGCAUACAGGAACUAAUUCGUUGAACGGUAUCGGAGGGCUUUGGGGUGCUUCUGCAAGCCUAGUUCAUGGGGAACAUUCUGGUUCUCCAUUCAAUGCUGUUAAUCUCGACUUUGCGAGCGGCGAUGGCAGCUUAACGUCGGGAACGACUGUAGGUUAUGCUAGAAGCGUUGGAACUAAUGUUUCCUCAGCAUCUUUGUACUCUGCACCAAAUAUAUAUGAUGAGGUUCAUGGGAACAAUGAUGAAGGAAACUCAUUUUAUGGGCAUUCCAGUUGGCAGUUGUUACCGACCGAACUCGAGGAUUCUUCGUCGGUUGGUUUCGGGCUUGGGAAUGCAGCUUCGGAUGUUAUUAGUAGAAACAAUGGUGGUUAUACUGUCGGAUAUGGUGUUUCUAAUAGACAAUCUAAUAGAGGAAUUGCUGCUUAGGAAGAAGAUGAUACAAGCAACAGAUGUCAAAAAGUAAUAGUAGGUGAAGCGUAUUCGGUAAAAAAGCAGGCAGGUUGUACUGCGAUUUUCGUAUAAUUUUCGUAUCGUCAUUGUGAUACACUCCUCCCAUUUGAUACUCUGUCAGAGCUAAUUGUUUUGUGUUUUGACAAACUGUCCCAUAAGAGAAGCAAGCAGGCAGGCAGGUUCCACAGGCUUUUCUCUUCCUCAGGAUUGAGCUUCAAAAUAUAGGUCUUUUCUUCUUCUUUCUUCUUCUUUCUUGCUUGUAAUUUGAUUGAUAUGUAUAAUUGGAUUGUGGGUAAGCUUAUAUAUGCUCAACUGUUGCAUAUUACGCCUACUCCGACAAACGAUGUCACACGAACGAAUCAACGUCCUUCUUCUUCUUCUUCCUCUUCUUCUUCUUCUUUUCGGGUUCUUCGUUUUUCUGGGAAAGUUGCUAUACUACUACUCAUCAGGCAGCCUUUCUUGUUGUUUCAUCUUUUAUUGUUAUUAAUAGUCAUUCUCAUCUGAUUGUAUGAAAACUGAGGUUGAUUUAGUGGUGUGAUAUUAUCCAGAUUCCACAUUCUUCUUUGUUGUUGUAAA